UAGACACGCAUUGUUAGGUCUGACUGCAAAAUGUCCCACAACGGUUGCUUCAUUAAACUUUCACAGGCUCUGUUUGCAACUUAGGAAUGAGUGAGCCCAAGGCUUCCAAUAUCAGGCUGCUAAGGCCAUUGUGAGAUGACCUCCACUGUGACGUCACCCCCUGCUAACUCACCGGACAGGUAAGCCUCAGAGCAUUGCUGGACCUGGUUCCUGGAAGCUAGCCAGCUACCUGCUCAUAUUUAUUGAUAUUGCUCAAAAAGGAAGAACCAUAUCAACGAACAUGCUUCAACGACUGCAAUCCUUAUUGAAAAAGAACAGCAAAGUCACCCCGCAGACUCCAGUGGAAGGGGGACCAAUUCCUUCCCUGGAAGUAUGGGAAGACCAUGACGAAAGGGGGAUCGGCAUGGCCAUCAAUUUCUUAGCAGCAAUAGAAGCAGAAAGGAAGCCCAUCAUGGCAAAGGAGGACCUUGCUAAGAAGAUAGUGGGCCUGAUGGAGCAAUACAAAGACCAUCCCUUUGCCUUUUUCAUUUUUACCAGCUGCAUGAAUGCAAUCGCAAAUCUGAGCAGAAGCAGCCCUCCACUCUCAGAGAAACUAGAGGCGAAGCUGCUCCAAGUCACUCUGUCACGCCUCGUUAUAAAGAGCACAGAAAGUGAAGCUGUUUGCGACAAGGCCCUUUGCAGAGGAGCCUCUGAAGCCCUGGGUGCAAUGCUCAAGGGGCUACUUUCAGAGGCCCCCACAAUGCACCACCUUCUGAAGAUCUUGGAGCACUUCCAACAGUACAUGAGGUCUUCAGACCGGCUAGAGAAGUCCCAGGCCAUCAAAGCCACCAAUUAUAUUUGCUUGGAAGCCUAUUACAGUCUUGGCCUGCAUUACGAUCUUCAUGAAAUGCGGGAGCAUCUGAGCCGAUUAUGGAGGAGCAGGAAGAUCAAGCAGAAAUAGGCUCUUCCUGUUGUCUCUUCCUUUCUCUUCCUUUCUUGAUCCCACCUAAAGGUGCCAACUGGAUUUCCUGGGUCCAGCGCUGUAUAGGCAGAUCAAGCCCACUUCCACCUCUGCAAACUGU